CCGGGGAUCGCCCUCCUCCUCCUUCUCCAAGAGGGAGAUCCAGCGAGGGGAAGGCGAUGGAGCCCGAGGGCGGCGGCGACGUGGCGGGGGACUCGGCUGCCCCGCUGCUCCUGGACUUGGACGACGACGAGGACCUGGAAGUGUUCAGCAAGGAUGCAUCCCUGACAGAAAUAAAUUCAUUCAGUCCUUUGAUGCCAACGUCUCCAUCGUCUAUGAUAAACCAGUAUAAGUUUGAAGAUGAGCCAGAAUCAAAGGACCUUUUCAUUACAGUUGAUGAUCCAGAAAGCCACGUCACUGCCAUUGAGACAUUCAUCACCUACAGGGUGGUGACAAAGACAACCCGUGGUGAAUUUGACUCCAGUGAGUAUGAAGUUCGGCGACGAUAUCAAGAUUUCCUUUGGUUAAAGGGAAGACUUGAAGAAGCACAUCCAACACUCAUCAUUCCUCCAUUGCCUGAAAAAUUCAUAAUGAAAGGAGUUGUGGAACGAUUUAACGACAAAUUCAUCGAGAUGAGAAAGAAAGCUCUGCACAAAUUUUUAAACCGGAUUGCUGAUCAUCCCACUUUAACAUUUAAUGAGGACUUUAAAAUAUUUCUUACAGCACAAGCCUGGGAACUUUCAUCGCACAAGAAGCAGGGCCCCGGUUUGUUCAGCAGAAUGGGACAAACUGUUAAAGCAGUCGCAUCAUCGAUGAGGGGAGGAGCUGUGAAAAACCGUCCAGAGGUAUUUACGGAAAUGAUUGAAUAUGUGGACAUUUUUAGUCAGAAGAUCAGUCUCUUGGACAAAAUCUCCCACCGGGUUCACAAGGAAGAAAAAGACUAUUUGUAUGAAAUGAAGGAAUUUGGCCCAAUCCACACACUUUGGUCAGCCUCGGAAGAAGACCUGGUCGACACCCUAAAAGGGUUGGCUGGCUGCAUUGACCAAUGUUGCAAGGCUACAGAAAAGCGGAUGGCUGCACUUUCGGAAAGCCUCUUUCCUGCUAUACAAGAGUAUUUGCUUUACAGUGAAAUAUUAAUGGGGGUCUUGAAAAGAAGAGACCAAAUCCAAGCUGAGUUGGAUGCCAAAAUUGAUGCUGUAUACAAUAAAAAGAUAGAAAACGAUCUGUUAUCUGAAGAGAUUGGAAAACUUGAAGACAAAGUCGAAUGUGCCAAUAAUGCUCUACAGGCUGACUGGGAUAGGUGGAAGCAGAGUAUGCGUGUUGAUCUGAAGGUGGCAUUUAGCGAUGUCGCAGAAAAUAAUAUCCACUAUUAUGAACAGUGCCUAGCUACCUGGGAGUCCUUCUUGACAUCUCAAGCAACAUCCGACAUUUCCUUGGAAGAACAAUCCGAAGAUCAGACUUGACUUCUUCUUAAAAGGAUCCAUCUUCCCUCCUUGAUAUUGACACUUGCCAAAGAAUUAUAUAUAUAGAAGAUCAAAUCCAAUUAUCCCAUAUAACUAAGAUGCAAUGGCAUGUUGAAAAGAAAUGUAUUAAAGUCUCGGGUAUCUGGGUUGCAUCUGAAUUACUGAAAAGAGGAAGACACCAAGUUCAGAUAUAACAGAGAUCGAGAACGCUUGCCUUGUUCCUCAGAGGUCUUCAAAAAGCAGAAUGUCUGAGAUAUCCAGAUUCUUUUCUAUAUGAUCCCCAUGAGUUGAAGAAAGCAAGGAAUGGGGGUGGCAUAUUUUUAAUCUUCAGGACUAGUUUAAAUUUCCCCCAAUGUUGGUGGGUGCAGUGAAUCCAAAGCCUGGUUCUAGUUCCAAAGCCUUUCCUAUACACCAACUGCUGCCCACCUUUCCCCUCUCCUAAUGUUGGGCUUUUGAUAUUCGGAAAAUAAAUGAUACAGAUCUUUCUGUAGGAACUAGG